AUGUCCGCCAUUGAUCUUGACCAAGUAGUUGUAGAAACAGACGAAGUUCGCAGAGACGAUCGCGAAAAAUGUGAGCAAUGUGGGGAAGUGAUUGUGGACCAAGAAAUUGUUAUCGCUCAAGGAAAGAUUUGGCACAAACAACAUUUUCGCUGCAGCAAUGAUCGAUGUGAUAUCCACAGUGACCUUCCCUAUUGCAUCAAAUGCUUCAUUGCAAUAACUCGUCCAAAAUGUGCGAAUACUCAGUGCGGUCAAAGGAUGUUUGGCGCUAUGUUUUUUGCUGUGAAUAAAUACUGGCAUGCUCAAUGUUUCCAGUGUGCUUGGUGUGGUAGACCGCUUGUUGGAGGGAAACACUAUGUUGUUGACAACCUUCCAUAUGACUUGGAAUGCCAUUGGAUCAAGCGAUUGGCUAUCCAGAAAGAGCAACAGGAACAAGAAGACUAGGAAAUGGAUGGAAUAUAGUGCCUGGAGGGAAAGCGAAGAGGAGAUUGUAAAAAUAAUUAGAAAAUUAAUUUGUUGUGAU